AUGACCUCCUCGGCCAUCCCAGAAAGUAACCCGUCCUCUUCGCCACGAGGCCACAGUCAAAGCGAAAAGGACUCGUCCAACCGCAAAAAGCGCAAGGGUCCCCGUCUCGCCCACCGCAAGUCCAGGACCGGAUGUCAGCGAUGUCGCGCCCGACGAGUAAAGUGUGAUGAAGCGCGACCUGUGUGUCGCGACUGCCAUCGUCAUAGCAUCCCCUGUGUCUAUGACAGGCCCGCGGAGGAGAUCCGAUCUCGCUCACUCGAGCCCAGUCCAUCGGAUCCCAGUAACAUAGAGCUGCGCUUGCUGCAUCACUUUACCCUUUUCGCCAGCGCUACUAUGCCCGGGGCCCAAUCGAAGCGUGUCAAAGACUGUUGGUCGAUCGACGUACCCCGACUCGCAUUCGGUUACAAACCGCUCCUGCACGCCGUAUUCGCAAUCUCGGCCCUGCAUCUGUCCAAAGCCAACCCAAACGAAGCUGGCCUGCCAGAUAUCCACUGCAACUUUCUCGAGCAGGCUUUGCGCGAACAUCGACUCUGUAUCGGCGGCAUAACUACGCAGACCGCGGAUGCGGUGUGCUUUACAAGCAUCCUGUUACAGGUCGACGUAUUUGCUACCUUACAGAAUCAUACUGUUGUUUCUUCCGAGCACGUCAGUGAAUGGAUGCGUCUAUUGCGCGGGUCGGUCGCCGUCUUUGACGCGGCCUUGAAGAUUGCGAGGCAUAAUACUCAUCCCGCGAGUAUCUGGUGUAUUAUUGAUACCUUUCCUAUUCCCUUGCGGACGAAUUCUGAUGCUGGGGCGUUUUCCUUCCUGCUUCCGACUGCGCCCGAUGACGAGGACAACGAUACAGCGCUAGAAGCAUAUCGAGGGGCCGUCGCGCAUAUCAACGCCACCUGGCUGGCCAUGGAAGCAAAGGAAGAUCCGCAAGUCACCUGUCGCCGGAUCAUGGUCUUCCCGUUGUUUGUGAUGACCGAAUUCAUGGACCUCCUCGAGAAGAGGAGACCUCGUGCUUUGGUGGUUCUAGCCUACUUUCUCGCCUUGUCGGCACCAUUACGCGACAUAUGUCGAAAUGACUAUAUCUUGUGCACCACAGCAAACACAAGCCGCUAUUCCGCCUGGGAGAUCUUCUCCAACCGCCACUGGUGCGGCGAGCUCGAGUCUAAUGUGACCGUGACCUGCGAACACAUUUUCUGUAUAUAUGUGCUCUACCAACAAAUCGACCCCGACGAAGGCAGCCAAUACCGCCAAUGGCUGCUCUCGCAGCAAAACGCCGAAGGCUCCUGGGGCAUCGCGCUUAACUACCCCGGCGACGUCUCCACAAGCACAGAGGCAUACCUAGCCUUGAGAAUCAUAUUGCAUGGGGCCUCGCAGAUGAUUGGCUCUAAUAGACAAGGAUUCUCGGUCUCGUUUAGUAGCGUCCGGGCCUGCAUCUCGGCCUUGCGUCUUAACUAUAUGCCCGAGAUUUGUUGCCUAGAAUGCGUAUAG